AUGAACAUCUCAAGGUCCUCAGAAGAGUCUAAGGUCCUCAUUUUGAACACCGGAGGAACAAUCAAUAUGAUAUUCAGCCAAAAGGGCUAUGUCCCAGAGCCAUAUUUCCUCACGGAGACGCUUCACAGCGAGCAUCGCUUCCAUGACCCCCUCGAAGAGUCUCUGUUCUCCCAUUCCGGGUCCAUUGAGGGCUACCGGAGAUGGACGAGCAGCGGGAAGAACACACCAGUCGGCGCCACCUCUCGUAGCCGCGAACCAUCCCCAAGUUGCGAAGGGUCACGCCCAGAGGCUCAUCAGUUGCUCACUCUGCCUGUCCGAUCAUCUCGCCCCAUUGGUGCACUGCAAAACCUUGCGGCAUCCCCAGAACAAAUCGUCCCAUUGCGCCAGCCCGUCUGCGUACAGAUAUCGGAAGAUGUCUACGAGGCGCAAUUGCCGACGCUCGUGACGCCCAGAAGCAGUGGUCCUGGGGGAAGCCGCAAGCGCAUACGGUAUGCCGUCCUUGAGUGGAGCCCUCUUCUGGAUAGCAGCAAUAUUGAGAUUCAAGAUUGGAUCAGGAUCGCGUCUGAUAUAGAACUCAAUUACUCGAAUUUCGAUGGCUUCGUAAUCCUUCAUGGCACCGACACCAUGUCGUACACUUCAUCUGCUCUCAGCUUCAUGCUGGAAGACUUGGGCAAGACAGUCGUAGUAACGGGUGCCCAGAUCCCCAUAUCCCAGCUCCGGAAUGACGCUGUGGACAAUUUGUUGGGCGCUUUGGUUAUCGCAGGACACUACAUCAUUCCAGAGUGCUGUUUGUACUUCAAUCAUACUCUGUUCCGGGGAAACAGAGUUUCAAAAAUGUCCUCUUAUGAUCUAAACGCGUUCAACAGUCCGAACUUUCCUCCGCUUGUCAACGUUGGAAUUGACAUCAUGGUCAAUUGGCAAGAUGUCCUGCGGCAGACUAGUCUGCGGCGUUUCCGCUCCCACAAGCUCAUGAGUCCUCACGUUGCCACCCUGCGCCUCUUUCCCGGUAUCACAGGGGCGACCAUCCGCGCGUUUGUCAUGCAUCCGACCCAAGGUGUUGUACUUGAGACGUUUGGCGCAGGGAAUGCGCCCCAGCGGGCGGACCUGGUCGCAGCACUCAAAGAAGCAUGCGAUAACGGCGUAGUAAUCGUGGCAAUUUCACAGUGCAGCAAAGGAUCCGUGUCCGACGCGUACGAGACUGGAAGGAGCCUCCUCGAGGCCGGUGUUGUUCCAGGGGGCGAUAUGACCCCAGAGUGCGCUCUCACGAAGCUCAGCUACCUUCUAUCCAAGCCGGAACUCUCGGUGGCUCAAGUCCGCUCGCUUAUCGGAACGCCACUCCGCGGCGAGCUGACUCUCCCAGAGAGCAAGAUCCCGGCGGUACUCAGUAAGCCAUCCGCGGUAGGGCCCAGCCUCGACAACCUCCAAGGGUUGCUCUCUCAGGUCGUUCGCCUCUCCACAAUCUCCUCCUCUGGAGCGCGCUCCCCUCGGAUCCUCGUCGACGGAGCAGACGCGCGCGACGAAGAGGCAGAUGAGGCCACCGCUCCGUGGAGCUGGACCGCGGCUGAGGCGUCGUCGAUCGAGAGCUCGCUCUUCCCCUUCCUCGUGCACCUCGCCGUCGCACGUGACGACCCCGAAGCCGUUUCUUUCGCGCUCUCCGUUGAGUCCAAUCCCGAAGCGAGUUCGCUGGCGGUCAGCGGCGGGCUCGCCAACUGCGCAGAUCCCGCGUCUGGGCGGUCCCCGCUGCACGUCGCUGCGCUUAACGGAUCGAUCUGUGCGGCGAACAUGCUCCUCGAGGCCGGGGCGCUCGUGCACGUUCGCGACGCGCUGGGCCACACCCCGCUGUACUACGCAGCGAGGCAGGGACACGAGGAGCUCGUGGAGUUGCUGGUGAAGGCGGGCGCGAACUUGGGUGGCACAGAUGUUGAUGGGGGUUAUGUAUCGCUCGCAGUGGCGAAGGCGGGAGGCUACGCAAACUCACUAGCGGUGUGGAAGAAGGCUGGGGCAACUACUCCCUGUCUGUAGAUUCAUUUGUUGUUGAAGCGAUACGAUGGUGCGGGUGCGGAAUGUGUGCCGGCAAGGGCAAGUUUCCGCUGCAUUAUCACUGUCAUCACCGCCUGCAUGCAUCCGCCUAAUGACAGUCCGAUACGGCUCUCGUUCGCUCCAUGUAGCUAUUUCGGUGUCUUAGUGCACGUUCAAUGUAACGAGGAUUGGUGUUGUG